AUGGCCAGGCGCCAGUCAUACGAGGCACUGACUGAUCAGUACGAAGGUACCUCGGAGGACGCCGCUUACUACGGCCCCGUGGUCAUUGGCGCAGGCGAUGGCAGUCCCCAGACUUUCCAGCUGAUCUUCGAUACCGGCUCGUCCGACAUCUGGGUCCCAGGCGAGAGCUGUACCCUUUUGGACGGCUGCGUUCACCCUCUUGAUCCAAAGUACGACCAAGGAGGCACGUCGUUGGGCACCAACACGUCCAUCGAGUACGGCUCGGGCUCGACAGAGGGCGCAAACUGGGUCGACGACGUGACGGUGGCGGGGCUCACGUCGCCGAACCAGACAUUCUUUGCUGUCACCUCGGCGUAUGGGUUCGAGGCGAUCGAUGCCGAUGGAAUCUGUGGCAUGGCCUUUUCGUCCAUUGCGCAGGACAACGGCACCACGUUUUUCGAGAAUCUGAUUGCAGACGGCACCGUUGAUGCUGAGGAGUUUGGUUUCUACCUGGGCCGCAUUGCUUCCGGUACUGAGGACGACUCGGAGAUGGCGCUGGGCGGGCGUGAUAGCACCAAGUAUACUGGUGACUUCACGACUGUGCCUGUUACGUCCGAGACAUACUGGCAAGUUGCUCUUGACAGAGUCACCGUGGACGGCACGACUGGCGGCAUCAACACUCCUGGCCAGGCCGCCAUCGACACCGGAACCACGACGAUUGUCGCUCCCACGACCGCGGCUAAGGAGAUCAUGGCCAAGAUCCCCGGUACCUACGGCUUUCCUCUCGAGGGGGAGAUCAUCUAG